UUAUAAUAAUACUAAAUCUGGUAUAAAAGCCGGCGUCCAGUAGUUGUUUAACAUAGUUGUCCGUACGAAGUCAGUGUAUUCAGUUCAAUAAUGACGCCUCUGUGCUUUGUAUUGUUAGCAGCGCUAGCAUGCGCGGCUGCGAAUCCUAUUGAGCUCAAUAGAGAGAAGCGACAGCUGCUCGGCGGUGUAUCGGAGGCAGACGUCAAUGAUCCAGCUUACAAGAAACUAGCGCAAGAAUCGUUUGACAAGUACCUCGCAAGUAACCCAGGCGGCCCAAUAAAUGUUAAGGAACUUAAAGUAACUAAAGUGACAACACAGGUUGUUGCUGGCACCAAGACCGUCCUUGAUUUCACUGUAACCCCUGCCAAUGGUGAAGUUAUUACCUGCCACUCUGAUGUUUGGGAACAGGCAUGGCUAAACAAGAAAGAGAUUACUGUAAACUGCGAUGCUAAGGACAGUAGAGCGAAGCGACAGGUGCCCGGCGGUGUAUCGGAGGCAGACGCCAAUGAUCCAGCUUACAAGAAACUAGCGCAAGAAUCGUUUGACAAGUACCUCGCAACUAACCCAGGCGGCCCAAUAGACGUUAAGGAGCUUAAAGUAACUAAAGUGACAACACAGGUUGUUGCUGGCACCAAGACCGUCCUUUAUUUCACUGUAACCCCUGCCAAUGGUGAAGUUAUUACCUGCCACUCUGAUGUUUGGGAACAGGCGUGGCUAAACAAGAAAGAGAUUAGUGUAAACUGCGAUGCUAAGCAAUAAAAAGAGAAGAAUAUACCAGUAUUAUUACAAGAAUCGCUUAAGAAGUUUAGUGAGACUUGGCGAACCAAUGAAGCUAAACAAUUGAUUUGAACAAAAGUAACCUAACAAGCUUUUGCCAGCCUGACGCUUCUUACAUACAAAUUUUACAUGUCAUUCUAGGGUUUUUGAGAAGAGUUGGCUAAACACGAAGUACGUUAUUGUGAUUUGAAAUAUCAAACGCGUACCUAAGUACCUAUAUUUAAUACACGGCUAAAAUAGUCAUGAUUUCAUGUUUUUUUGUGUAAUGCAAUCCUCGUAUUGUAAUUAUAAAGUAAAUAAUAAAUCAUUAUGUUGUGUA